AUGUCUAACAUAGAAGCAUCAGAUGACGCUCAACGAAUCGAAGUCAAUGGACAAGUGAUUGAUCCCAGUGAGCAUUAUGCUCGAGAUGCGCAAAAUACAGACCAUAUUAUUGUGACUGUGAAGGAUGUGCUUGAUGAUGACCAGAAGGCGGCACUGCAAAAAGAAAAGGUUGACCUGUUGGAGGACCUUGGAUACAAUAACAUGCUUUGUCGUUACCGACCUACCAACCUGGAGCCACUCCGAAAUUUGGACUUUGUUAAGCAAGUUGACGUGUAUCGCAACCUUUUUAAGAUUCCAGAUGAGCUGACGGUAUUGAUCGAGGAGUUGCAGGGAAAAGCAGAUUUUGAAAGCGAGGCGUUUCCAAUCGAUGUGAUGGUUCACGAAGACGUUAAAAACCUGGACCCUCUAGCCGACGACAUCUCCAAGAUCUCGGAGGUUGAUCGAAAUCAGAUGGAUGUAAUGCCUGACAGAAUCCGUUUGAGAGUACCACUCAGCAAGCUGAAAGCAAUCGCCGCCGACGAUCGUGUCCGCAUACUCGAGGAGGCAUUGACUCCGGUCUUGUAUGAUGACGAAGCGAAACAUAUCGUAGGUGCGCCCUUGCGAAUUCAAGGAGACACCGAGUUUCGCGGGGCGGGACAGAUCGUUGCGGUGGUCGAUGGUGGAUUCGAUCUUGGUAGCGUUGAAGACUGCCAUCCAGCUCUCACAAAUCGAAUUCGUGGAUUGAUAUCUGUUGGUCGUGCUAAAGACACGGGGACGACAGAGGCACAGAAGGUUGACGACUGGGUAGGUCAUGGAACGCAUGUUUGCGGGACCAUCGUCGGCAAGGAGAUUGAGACCUCUCGGGGAAUGGUCGGAGGUGUGGCUCAAGAUGCAGAUUUAGUGGUCUCAUCAUUGCAAAAUGCUAAAGGGAAAGUGAUUGACGUGAUGCCGAGCAUGCAGGUCCUGUUCGAGGUGCCAUAUAAAUUGCACCACGCUUGCAUACACUCAAACUCAUGGGGCGACAAUCUGAGCGGUGGCAUGAUGCAACGUGCGUAUACCACUGAUGCAAGCACUAUUGACGACUUUGUAAGAACGAACCCCGAUGUCUUAAUCUGCUUUUCUGCAGGGAACUACAAUGAGAAUGUCAAGGACAGGCCUCCUAAGGGUGAGGAAAAGCCUGCAAUCGGGUCCCAGGCUUCGGCGAAGAAUUGUCUGACAGUCGGCGCUUCGGGUUCAACGAGAGCUGUGGUAGAUACAAAGACCAGCCAUGUUGACAAAGUUGACCCAAACUUAAUGUCGCCAAUAAGUAGCAGAGGGCCAGUAAAAGGUUUUAGAGGUGAUCCGCCAACAGUGAAACGUAUGAAGCCUGAUGUGGUUGCGCCAGGCCAUAACGUCGUUUCAGCUCACACAAGACACCCAAAAGCCCCAAUUGAUGGGCUCCCAGAGGCUACUAGCAGCUCAUUUCCUGAUGUCCUAUGGAAAGUCCGGACUGGCACCAGCCAUUCAACACCACUUGUCUCUGGCUGCGCUGCAAUAUUACGUCAAGUUCUGCAAAGUAAGGGAUGCCAAAACCCUCCAGCUGCUCUGCUCAAAGCUAUCAUUAUUAAUGGCGCCGACAAGCUUCCUGACAUUGACGUCGAAGCUCAGGGAUUUGGCCGUGUUAAUCUGCAAUCUUCCGUGAAUAUGUUGCAGACGCCUCCAAUUUUGGCCGAGAACAUUUUGAAAUCCGCAAUAUCUUCGUCAGGAGGUAGUGUGAUCGGGAACUCUCUGCGACAAAAUGAUAGCUUCGCAUUUGAAUUGUCGCCGGUCAAGGCGGCUGACGAGCUGGAGCUGAAGAUCACAAUGGUCUACAACGACAAAGGUGGUGGCCAAAUUCAGAACAACUUGAACCUCGCCGUCGUCGACAAAGUGACCGGUGAGAUCAGACACGGCGGACUUUCCGAGGAUGACAUUGACGUCCAGAACAAUGUGGAGCAAGUCGUCUGCCAGCCAGCCCCAACAACGCCAGUGAUUGUCCGCGUCACAGCUCAGAAGAUAUUCAAAGACUUGGACCAGGAUUUCGUUCUUGCGUGGUCAACCACUGCGCCGUUUCAGAUUGAGGGUCAGGUAAUGAAAGCCAUUCUGUUACACAACAUAUUGAUGAUCAAAGUAAGUCCAAGAGCCAGAAUCCUUUUAGGAAGGCAGGCGACAAGGGAAUACGUGGGACAGAGUACUCUACUGCCCAUUUACAAAAGAUAG